CCCACCCCUUCUCUCCUCUCUUGCUGCCGCUGGUCUGCUCUGAGCCACCAUCCAGAAAUGGUGUAGAAUAUCAGGAAAAACAGCCAGGGAGAGCGACCAGAAAGAGGACCGAGGCUACAAGACAUACAAUAACGGCACAGGAGAGCUAUUCAGAAGAGCCGGGGGUCAAAGGUGAGAAGAGCAGAGGGCACCAUGGAGAGUGAGCCGGGGGCCCCUGCCUCUACGGCAAACAGCACCGGGACCGCCGCCACCUCCUCCAGUACCACAGCUGCCAGCAGUAGUAGUACCUCUAACACUAUUGCUACUACUUCUACGGCUUCCACGAGCAGUAGUAGUAACACUAACAGUAGUGGCAGUAGUAGUACUACAGCAGCAGGAAGACAAACAGUGCCUCAGAUAUCCGUUUACGGCGGGAUACCUGACCGACAAACAGUGCAGGUGUUCCAGCAGGCGUUACACAGACAGCCUAACACAGCAGCACAGUACCUGCAGCAGAUGUACGCUGCUCAGCAGCAGCAUCUGAUGUUGCAAACCGCAGCCCUCCAGCAGCAGCACAACCUUAGCACCGCUCAGCUCCAGAGCCUGGCGGCUGUACAGCAGGCCAGUAUUGCAGCUGGCCGGCAAAGCUCCUCACAGAACGGCACUUCAUCCCAGCAAACAGGAUCAACUCAGGCUACGAUCAACCUGACCACCUCCCCGGCAGCAGCUCAGCUGAUCAGCCGGGCCCAGAGCAUUAGUUCCACCCCUACCAGUAUUUCCCAGCAGGCUGUUCUGCUGGGCAGCCCAUCUAGCACCACGCUCACAGCCAGCCAGGCACAGAUGUACCUGCGCGCACAGAUGGCCCAGCAGAGUAACCUGGUGCAGGUGGCCAGGAGCCUGGGCCGGGCUGUUCCACUGUCCCCGCAGCUCAUCUUUACUCCAACGGCCACAGUGACUGCCGUCCAGUCAGAGAGCUCCACGCAGGCCUCCUUACAGAAUCAGGUCCAGAACCUUGCCAUCCGUGGCCAGCAGGGGGCAGCCACAUCCUCCUCUCAGACUCAGACCCUGCAGGCUCUUAGUCUGAAGCAGAGCCCUGUGCCCAUCCAGCCCGCCUCAUUGAUCAAGAAUCCCAGCCAAGUAACGCAGGCCUCCACAGGGGGGAAGGCUGUCUCCUUCGACAGUUCAUCUGAAGCAGGGAAGAAGGGGGACAGUGCAGCAGUCCCAGAAGUCCGAGCUAUAAACAUGAGCCGCAGUGUCACAGCUAUCAGUGCUCAGCCCCUGAUUGCUCCAGCAUACACGCCAAUUCAGCCCCACUCCCUGGUUCAGCAGCACAAGCAGCAGCAGCAGUUUGUGGUCCAUCAGAGUCAAGGUUCCCAGAGGACCGCGGGCCAGCUGCUGCAGACGGCCUCCAUUCAACCAUCACAGCACCCUGUCCCCGUACUGCCCAAACCUGCUCCACACCAGCCCUCCACGCCCAGCCAGCAGGCCACCAUCUUCCAUUCCACCAUCAAUCCCCACGCCCUCCACUCCUCCCUCAACCAUGCCAAAGCUCAGCCCGUCCAGCUCACGGCCAUCAACCUGCAAAUACAGCCAACGCAACCACAGCAGCAACCACAGCAGCAACAACAACAGCAACAACAUCAGCAACAACAUCAACAGCAGCAACCUGCGCCUUCGCCAUCACAACCCACUAAACCUCUAGAGCAGCCCAAGGUUGCCCCAGCCACACCAGCUGUUCAGCCACAAGUAGGGGGCUCAGCCAAGAGGCCGAGUGCUGCACCUGGGACCCCGCCUCCAGCCAUGACCUCAGGAAAUGAGAACGAGGCGCCCACUGUGACGGGCAGCACGCCGCAGAACGGAGAGAACAAACCGCCCCAGGCCAUCGUCAAGCCCCAGGUCCUCACACAUGUCAUCGAAGGCUUUGUCAUCCAGGAGGGAGCGGAGCCAUUCCCCGUGUGUGUGGAGCGUCUGCCCAUUCUUAUCGACAGCCCAAGGAAGCUGGAUCAUCAGCUCUCCUCAGACCCCGACAAAACCCCCGUCAGCAACGCAGCAAACACCGACUCUGAGCCUGAGGACCUGAACCAGUCAGAAAAAGAGCAAGAACCCAAGCUGACAUGUGAAUACUGUGGCUGGGUCGACUUUGCCUACACGUUCAAAGGCUCAAAGAGAUUCUGCUCCAUGGUUUGUGCAAAGAGGUACAACGUGGGCUGUACGAAGCGGAUAGGCCUUUUCCAUCCAGAGAGGAGUAAACCAACAAAUCGCUGGCGUAGAAGAUCUCAGGGCCGCUCUAGUAUAGAGGCGAAGAAGCAGAAGCUGUCCCCCUCACCGCAGCAGACUCAGGGGGGUUCUGUGUCCUCACCGCAUCCCUCACAGCCCAGUCAGGAGGAGUCCAGCCCGUGUUCGGACAUGUCCAGCUACGAGGAGCCGGCAUCUCCCCUUUCGGCAGCCAGCUCUGGAUCCCUGGCCCCUGCUCCGGCCCCAGCUCAGGUCCCCGUCCACCGGCAUCCCAGCAGGGCCUCGGACCAGGAGGGCUGUGCUGUUAGAGACGCACCUUCACUCUGUCAGCGCUUCUUACCCAACGACCCCACCAAGUGGAAUGUGGAAGAAGUUUACGAGUUCAUUCGUUCAUUGCCAGGUUGUCAGGAGAUAGCAGACGAGUUUCGCUCUCAGGAGAUCGAUGGACAGGCCUUGCUACUGUUAAAGGAGGACCAUCUCAUGAGCACCAUGAACAUUAAACUGGGACCUGCACUCAAAAUCUUUGCACGCAUCAACAUGCUCAAAGACUCUUAGCAGUGCAUUGAUCUUAGUGCAUCUAUUUGUGUGUGUGUGUGUGGGUGUGUCAGUUUGUAAGUGUGUGAGAGAAGAACAGUGUAAAACUAAAUGAUAACAGACUGACUGCACUACGACCUCGCCUUCUCCCUACUACUGAACUGGUUCCUUUAAAUCUUACUUUAGCUUGCUCUCAUAUUCACUUGCAUCUGCUUAAUAGCCAUGUGGUAUACCAUGGUUAUAUUGGAUGGUAUAUUAGAGUUGAAGCUCGAGCAAAAACACCCAGCAAGUUAAAAGAUCGCCUAACUAAGCUGCCCAUCAGAAAGCUACAAAUCGCCUUUUCCUCUGCAAAGAAAAAAUAAAUGGAGCCAAUACAGCAGCAUUGCUUUCCUUGACCUGAGACAUGCUGCGUUGUGUACUUAUUUUGUAUAUUACGAUCUGAUCAUAAUGAGGGCAGAAUUGCAAUUACUGCUACAACUGCAAGCAGUUAUGACAGGGUCCAAGCCUCCUGAUGCAAGUCGCAAAAACACGUUUGACAUCAUUAAAGCGCCACCUAGUGGUCCAUAUGUGUAAUUUUUGGUAUGUGAGGUCCAUGAAUCUACAUGUACGCUGUAAAUUUGAAGUUGCUCACGUUAGUGUAAGUGGUGAAUCCAAACCUGGGUCCCAUAGGCCACGCCCACUUUGACGAAUCAGUACCCCACUGUAGGCGUGGCCUCAGGAGUGGCCCUAAAUGGUACCCUCAAAAUUUCGUAAAAAUCGGAUGAACCGUUCAUGAGAUAUAAACUUUUGUGACUUGUAGCGCCCUCUAGUGGCCCAAGUUUAGUAAUAUUUGGUGGGGAGCCCCAGAGAGUCAUGGAAAACAAGAAUCUAAAGUUUAUUUUGGUAGAGAUAUGGCAAAGUUCAUGUUUUCGUAGCUAGCUACACAAAUUUGUUGGUAAUUUUUCCGCAAAAUGGGCGUGGCCUAUAUCAGGAGAUUAAGCUGAAUUCGGGAAAUGCGUGGAUAUGUGUAUUUUUAAUGUGCGAUGUACGGUUUGGGAGUUAUAAGGCCAAACGUGUUUUGUUCUGCUAUAGCGCCACCUAGUGGCAGUUGCAGGGAUCUGGACCAGUCCUGAAAACAGCCCCCUCGGGCUAGGACCCCUAAUAAUGCGGUAUUUAUUACCAGGUGUAGAUGCAAAGGUCAUUAUUAAAUGGCAUUGUCCAGAAACACACAUAUAACACAAAAGCAGGUGUAAAUGGGGUCUCUGAUUUUUGCUGGGGGAAAAAAAACUGGAGAAGUUAAAGGGAAAAACGGAGAAGAAAGUUGAAAGAAAAAGUUGUGCCAAAGUGCACUACCUGCUCAGUUGUGCCUGGGUUGGGUUGGGUCAUACUGCAACACAGUCCUUACUGAAUUAAGGCAUUGAGACAAACGUGAUUGAUGUCUAAAUUAAUUAUUAUUAGAGAUGUUUUUUUGUACAGCUUUGUCAGUGUGUGAAUGGAAGAGAGACCUUUCUCUUUGUAUGUGUGACUGGGAACAGAAAAUGUCAUUCAUUCAUUUUCUCAUUUCUAAUUAAGUAGAUGCUCCUUUUGCCUUUUCUCACAAAACCCACCGCUCUCGAAUACAAAGCUUGAAUGCAGAGAAAUCGUUUACACAGUUCUUUUGUGACAUCGAUUACGCUUUCAUGAAUUUCUCGCCAGUUGUUCUCCUGUAGAUUUAAACUGCAUACAAAUGAUUUUUCACCGCUUUUUCAAAAUGAUCGACUAAAUAGGAUAUUGAUUUCUUGUCUCCGUUUCAUAGGAGGACAAUAAGUUUUCUGAGGAACAAUUUGGGUGUGCUUCUCUCUUCACACAGUCCGGCUUUUGGCACUUAUUUUCCUUUUGCUUUAAGGAGACGCUACACCUAAAGGGAAACUGGCAUUUGUGCAGCAAUGCCAACACGUUUAUAUGUACAUAGCAGCUAAAGUGAGAAGAAAGUUCUAAGUGUGAAGCUGGUGUUUUUUUGUUUUUUUUUAAGUUAUCCUUGUAAUUUUAAAACAAAUGUAAUGUUCAAUAUUUUGAAAUAUGCAAAUGUAUAAAUACCAGUUUAUCGUUUUGUUUUUCCUAACAAAAUAUGUUCAAAACUAUUUGUUUCUGAUGGAAGGUCAACCUUUAUAAGAUAAGGCUUUGUCAAAUGCUUGUAUUUAUCAAAACUGUUUGUUACACAACCUUUUACAAUUAUAAAUAAUUUGCAAUACA